UGAAGGAAGCCCGGGGCGCCGUGGAGAAGCUGCUGGAGUCGUCGCCGUUCUCUUCGCCACCUCGGGUCGCCGGAGUCCUGCCACCAUGCCUAUCCGUGCCCUGUGCACGAUUUGCUCCGACUUCUUCGACCAUUCCCGCGAUGUGGCAGCCAUCCACUGCGGCCACACUUUUCACCUGCAGUGCCUCAUUCAGUGGUUCGAGACAGCACCAAGUCGAACCUGCCCACAAUGCCGAAUCCAGGUUGGCAAAAGGACUAUUAUCAACAAACUCUUCUUUGACUUUGCUCCGGAGGAGGAGAAUGCCUUGGAUGCAGAAUUCUUAAAGAAUGAACUGGACAAUACCAGAGCCCAACUUUCUCAGAAAGAGAAAGAGAAACGGAACAGUCAGGUUAUCAUUGACACUCUGCGAGACACACUGGAGGAGCGCAACGCCAUGGUGGAAUCUCUGCAGAAGGCCUUAGACAAGUCUGAGAUGCUGUGCUCCACUCUCAGAAAGCAGAUGAAAUACUUGGAGCAGCAGCAAGAUGAGACUAAACAAGCACGAGCGGAGGCCCUUCGACUCAAGAACAAGAUGAAGUCCAUGGAGCAGAUUGAGCUCCUGCUCCAAAGCCAGAGGCCUGAGGUGGAGGAGAUGAUCCGAUACAUGGGUGUGGGGCAGUCAGCAGUGGAGCAGCUGUCUACGUACUGUGUGUCCCUCAAGAAAGAGUAUGAGAAUCUGAAAGAAGCACGGAAAGCCUCAGGGGAGCUGGCUGACAAGCUGAAGAAGGAAUUGACCUCCUCCAAAAACAAGUUACAGAUAGUCUACUCUGAGUUGGAUCAGGCCAAGUUAGAACUGAGAUCAACCCAGAAGGACUUACAGAAUGCUGACAAGGAAAUCAUGAGUCUAAAAAAGAAGCUAACGAUGUUACAAGAAACCUUGAAACUGCCACCAGGAGCCAAGGAGACUGUCAACCGCCUGGUUUUAGAGAGCCCAGCUCCACAGAUACAGAAACUGAAGCUCCGACGGCCAUCCUACAGUGACGAUAUUGACCUCGACGCUACCUUUGAUGUAGAAACCCCUCCAGCCCAGCCCUCCAGCUCCCUGCAUGGUCAUCACCCCAAGCAGCUCUCCCUGGAGAAGGCACACUCUCCCAUGCAGGAUGUCUUCGAGAAGAUGCCCAAAAGAUCUAAGCAGGAAUCCCAAUUCUCACUGGGUGGCCAGCUGUGUGCAGGAGAGCCAGAUGAGGAGCUAGCUGCUGUGUUUCCCCGCUUCAUCCGGAAUGCUGUCCUGCGUCACAAACAACCCAAGAAGACUGUGUCAGAGUCCUGUCGCAGCACAGAUGUGAUAAGAACAGGAUUCGAUGGACUUGGAGGCCGAACAAAAUUCAUACAGCCUACAGACACAGGCAUGAUCCGCCCACUACCAGUUAAACCCAAGGCCAACCAUAAGCAGAGAAUAAAGAUGAAGACAAAACAUUCUCCCGCCCAGGCCAAGUUAGAUGCCUUCCUGUGGCAGUGAGAACAGUGAGUGAGCAGUGACGAGGUUCAUGCCGCCAACUAGUAGUACAAGAGUUGACCAGAAGCUGGGCGCUGGUGGUUCACACCUAUAAACCUAGCUACUCAGGAGGCUGAGAUGU